GGCCCGUAGCGUCCAGCUGCACCGGACAGAGCUCGAGUGUAUGGCGCCUCAGGAUCUGGCUCCGGGGCCCCGAUAACGGGCCGCCCCCGCAGCUCCCGGCACGGAGUGAGGGUCUCCUCUGAUCUGAGAAUGGCUACUCCUCGAUAUGAGCCAGUGGCCGAGAUUGGUGUUGGUGCUUAUGGAACCGUGUACAAGGCCCGUGAUCCCCACAGUGGCCACUUUGUGGCCCUCAAGAGUGUGAGAGUCCCUAACGGAGGAGGUGCUAGCGGGGGCCUUCCCAUCAGCACAGUUCGUGAGGUGGCCUUAUUGAGGCGGCUGGAGGCUUUUGAACAUCCCAAUGUUGUCCGGCUGAUGGAUGUUUGUGCCACUGCCCGAACUGACCGAGAGACCAAAGUGACCCUGGUGUUUGAGCAUGUGGACCAAGACCUAAGGACAUAUCUGGACAAGGCACCCCCACCAGGCUUGCCAGUGGAGACUAUCAAGGAUCUGAUGCGCCAGUUUCUAAGAGGCCUAGAUUUCCUCCAUGCCAACUGCAUUGUUCAUCGAGAUUUGAAGCCAGAGAACAUUCUGGUGACAAGUGGUGGGACAGUCAAGCUGGCUGACUUUGGCCUGGCCAGAAUCUACAGCUAUCAGAUGGCACUUACACCUGUGGUUGUUACACUCUGGUACCGUGCUCCGGAAGUUCUUCUGCAGUCUACGUACGCAACACCUGUGGACAUGUGGAGCGUUGGCUGUAUCUUCGCAGAGAUGUUUCGUCGCAAGCCUCUCUUCUGUGGAAACUCUGAAGCUGACCAGUUAGGCAAAAUCUUUGACCUGAUCGGGCUGCCCCCAGAGGAUGACUGGCCCCGAGAUGUGUCUCUGCCCCGAGGAGCCUUUUCCCCCAGAGGACCCCGUCCAGUGCAGUCAGUGGUACCUGAGUUGGAGGAGUCUGGAGCACAGCUGCUGCUGGUACUUGUAACCUUUGGCCCAUUACUUAAGCUCUCUCUGCACGUUUCCUCAUCUGUAAAUGGGGAUAAAUAA